AUGGCACAAACGACGUCUUUCAACAGCCUAGAAGACGAAGAAAACAUCAGGUUCAAAUACCUCCGUCGAGGACCAGAUGAAUUCGUCAUCGCCAAGAGAUACGAAGAGCUCCAGGCUGCAUAUAAAGCCCACAAAAUAAUCAGCAACGGCUUGAAUAAUAGCUGGAAAUAUGCGACAAGGCCUUGUACCCCGGACGAGUUGAGAAGAUUACGCCGGUAUGCGGAAUUGAGAAAGAGGCCGAAAAAGCUGCUAUGUGUGCGAACGCAAAAUGUCAAACCCAACACCCCAACGUUGACAGGAAGCCCGGUUUUUGGCUAUCCGGUGAUACCUAUCAAGCCUCUACGACCAGAACAUAUACGCGCUCUCGUCAAUAUUUUCUGCGACCCAAGCAUCAGAGAGUCCAUGCUCAACAACCCAGACUUGUACGAGAAAACAAGACUGUAUGUACACUUUGGCGAACUCUCGCCCCCAGGUUCAGCAAAGAGUACAGAGCUGUGCCGACCCGUCUAUUUCGACCAGAUUCUCAAAGAAAUGCGUCACGAUAUGUAUAUGAGAGCUGUAUCAAUGGGCGUCUCGCUUGCAAUUGUUCACUGCACGUGCGGAUACGACGGAGCUGGUAUCAAGUUCCAGCUUGGCCUCGAUCGCAGAAGACCAAACGUGAUGAUGUGGAUGACCAACUUUGGUCAAUGCAAGACCUUCAAGGGCUCGGAAAACAUUGAACUCACGUUGGCACUCGCGAUCGCAAAGAACCCCACGUGGCCGAGACCGCCCGGAAGAUAUGGGUUCGUGCAGAAGGACAGCCCGAUGGCAGAAACGGCUUGGCAUACAUGGAAUUAUUUCAAGCAUGCCUACGUGACUGCAUGUUGGAAGCUGAACAACAACCCUAGUUUUUCCCCGGCUGCAGUCAUGAAACGUCUUUCCAUGAUGCAAAUAUGCUACAGUGACCUAUCUGAGGGGGAGAGAAGGCGUCAACUCUUCCUCCGAAUUCUGGCUUCGAUAAGUCAUAUUCGGCCUCAACAAAUACAAGGGGGAUUUGGGUACAUAAACAAGUUGGGAAGGGAUGCAUUAUGA